UGAAAAACAAAGAUGACAGCCAAGACGGAAGCACAAAUUCAGAAGAUACAAUUGAGACAAAUGGAUAUACAGAUAAAAGCUCACGUGGAAGCAAUAAUCCAGUCAUCAGCAAUGUCAAUAAUAGAAAAUAUGUGGCAAUACAUGGACCAGCAACUGGAAGUAAUGGAAGUAACAUCAAUCGACCCAGAGAUAACGAACCACUAACAAAACAAAACCCUGAGACUAGCAGAAUAUACACAAUGCAAACAACUAGUACAGAUUUCAAUACAGAACAAGGAGAAGAGACAGAGUUAGAUGAUGUCAAAUCAGUGAAAUACAAAAUCACCAACAGAAAAUUCCCUGCAUUGAGCUAUGUGUCAUUAAAACCAUUGUCAGAUGUACAAGGAAUGACCAAUAAAGAGGCCAUUGCAACUGAACAAAUUCGGAGAUGUUCAUUCUUUAACUUGCAAGAUUUUGCAUACAAGAAUAUUGUUAACAAUGUGAAAUAUGAAGAUGAGAAUACAGUAUUGCAGAUUUCUGAAAGUGGAACAAUAUCAAUAAAGAAACGCACACGUAAUACUGCAUUCAGAGACAUAUCUGAAUGGUUAAUGGCUUUUAAAGCAUAUAUGGAAGCAGUACUGAUAUUAUACGAGAAUCGUGAGCAAGAAUUAAACACUAUAGAGAUCACAUUAAUGAAUUGUGCAUGA